AUGUCUCGCUCAGACGGCUCCACCUCUGACCAUUUUUAUGUACCUCGGUGGUAUCUCGCAUACCCCCCACGCUCAUACGACGAACACAAUAGCCCACCUGACGGUGCUGAACCCCCAUCGGGAAAUUACGUCCGUUAUGCAUCAAUACCUUAUUUUGAUCUUGCGGAAGACGCUUUUCAGUACUUGCCUCGGUAUUCAAAUGUGGCUUCAAACUAUUACAUGAUGGAGUCUUCCUACGCUACCGGCGAACCUGUCCGGACGGAAAACCGUCCCUUUUUAGACCUUGUCCCGCCUCCCAACACUCCGGUUAGGUCUUCCUUCGAUGAUGAGGAUUACUCUCCUGCACCAUGUAAUUUUGAUUUUGGAGGCACCGAGAAUAGCCAUCUUUUCGACUACACUGAGGAUGAGUACAUGGAGGACAUGGAGGACAUGGAGGACAUGCAGGACAUGGAGGAUGAGGACGACGAGGACAUGGAGGAUGAGGACGAUGAGGAUGAGGAUGAGAGGGAUAUGCCUGAUCCAUUUCGUCCUCUUUUCGAGACCGCCGAGAUCGCCACCCUUUUUGACGAGACUGAUAUCGAUGACGAGGAAGAGCUGGAGUGGGAGAUCUUUGACCCCCAAACUUCCAUUGGCGAUUUACCGUCUGAGUAUGACGAACCGCAUCCGGAAUCUUAUUGA